CGUCGGCCGCGGAAAAGCCCUUGAAGAGGCAGCGUGACGUCACAUCCCCUUGACCCUCCAAUCACCUCGGGCUCCCAUUUGAUUGGAAGGCGGCAAAGGCUUUAAUCUCCCGACUAAUUCAGCUCGCUCGGGAAGCCACUUUCUCUGCCAGAGCCGAGGCUGGUGGGGCAGCGGCUGGCUGGCAGGAGAGCGGCUUGGGCGGAGAGGAGGAGGAAGAAAAGAAGAAGAAGAAGCAAGAGACCGAAGGAAAGAAAGAAGGAAGGAAGGAAGGAAAAGAAAGGAGGAGAGAGACCGGCCGGGCAGAGGGGGGUUGAACGGAGGAGAUAAGCCCGGGCUCUUCUCUCUCCACCCCCCGUCAUCCCCUCCCUCUCCCCUCGGGGGGGCACACAACCCUGCCCCCCCGUCCACCCCAAAAAAGCACGGAUUUAUUUCUCCAGCGGUUGAAACCUCGGACUUUUCCCUUUGGCCCGAUUUUGAAAAACGAAAGAAAAAAAAGCCUGAAAAAAAAAGAAAAGAAAAGACUGGGAGAAAAAAGAAAAAGAAAAAGAAGGAGAAGAAAAACCUUCGGAGGAAUCUGCUGCGGCGGCUUCUUCUGCUGCUGCUGCUCCCGGUUUUGCAAAGGGGGCGGAAUCUUCCUCCCUGCCUUCUCACCCCCCACUCCACCCCCCCCCCCCCCCCCCCCCCCCCCCCCACUCUUCGGUCCCCGAAGUCGCCAUUGGAAGCUGCAGACGCUCCGUUUCGGCUCCUGAGCAGCGCGUUCCCGGCGCUCCCGUCCGUCCGUCCGCCCGUGUGUCCCCCCCCCGCGCGUUUUCAUGCGAGCCUUUGGGUCAUGAUUACAGCCCCCGCGCUUUCUGCCGUAAGAAGUAGUCCGCGCGGAGGCGGAGGCGCAGGAGGAGGCGCGCCAGAGCUCGGGAACGGCGGCGGCGGCGGUGGUGCUGCUGAGCUCCCUUGGCAGAGCGGGCUCGCUGGGAACCUUAUCGGCGGCGUUGUUGGCGGCGGCGGCGGCGGCUGCUGCAAAGCUUUCUUCCACGCCAUCCCCCCUUCGGACCCUUUGCGCCAAGCCAACCGUCUGCCCAUCAAAGUCUUGAAAAUGCUCACGGCACGGACGGGACACAUUUUGCAUCCCGAAUAUCUCCAGCCGUUGCCUUCCACGCCGGUCAGCCCGAUCGAGCUGGACGCCAAGAAGAGCCCGCUGGCUCUCCUCGCGCAGACCUGCUCCCAGAUCGGCAAGCCGGACCCCUCGCCUUCCUCCAAGCUCUCCAGCGUCACGUCCAGCGGAGGCGGCGGCGGCGGCGACAAGGAGGCGUCCAAGGGGGGCCCCUUGAAGCUCAGCGACAUCGGCGCCGAGGACAAGUCCAGUUUCAAGCCUUACUCCAAGCCCGGCGCGGAUAAGAAGGAUUCGUCGGCCGUCGGAGGCUCCGGAGCCGCAUCCGGAGGGAGCUCGGGCGGUGGCAGCAGCAGCAGCAGCGAGAAAACGGGAUUCCGGGUGCCGAGCGCCACCUGCCCGCCGUUCACGCCAAGGACAGGCAGCCCCAGUUCCAGCGCCUCGGCCUGCUCGCCCGGCCUGCUGCCCGGCGGGGAGAGCAAGGGCGGCGGCGGGAGCAGCAGCGGCGGCGGCGGCGGCGAGGCGGAGAAGAAAGAAGCGGCGGAGAGCUGCGGCAAGAGCGCUUCCGACGGCUCGGGGCGCCUGGCUUCCAGCGGCGGCGGCCUCUCAGCCGAGCUGAGCCAAAGCCACGAAGGCGCCAAGGGGCUCCUGGCCGGCGUCGCUUCGGCCGCCUCUUGCUCGACGGCGGACUCGUCCUGCAGCGCCGUCCCGUCGUCGGUGGCCGCCGCUGUGCUGGGUUCAGCCGGUUUGGUGGCGCCGGUCUCUCCUUACAAACCGGGCCAGACUGUUUUCCCGCUGCCGCCGGCUGGCAUGAGCUAUCCGGGCUCCCUAGCCGGGGCGUACGCCGGUUACCCACCGCAGUUCCUGCCGCCGGGCGUGGCGCUCGACCCCAGCAAGGCUGGCAGCUUGGGGGGAGGCGGCGGGAGCGGCGGCAAAGCGGCGGGUUCGAGCCCCCUAGCCGGCGCCUCCCCGCCGUCGGUGAUGACGGCCAGUUUGUGCCGCGAUCCUUACUGCCUGAGCUACCACUGCGCCAGCCACCUGGCCGCCGGCGCCUCCUGCGCCCACGAGCAAGCUCUCAAAGCCGGCGGCUACCCGCUGGUUUACCCGGGGCCGCCUCUGCACGCCGGCCCGCCGUCGCUAGCCGGCCACCCGCUUUACCCUUACGGCUUCUUGCUGCCCAACGACCCCCAGCCUCACAGCUGCAACUGGGUCUCGGCCAACGGGCCCUGCGACAAACGCUUCGCCACUUCGGAGGAGCUGCUCAGCCACCUGCGGACUCACACGGCUUUUCCCGGCCCGGCUGAGAAACUGCUCUCCGGUUACCCGAGUUCCAGCUCGUUGGCCGCCGCCGCUGCAGCGGCCAUGGCUUGCCACAUGCACGUGCCCACCUCGGCGGCCGGUGGCCCGGGCAGCCCUGGCGCUCUGGCUUUGCGCAGCCCGCACCACGCCUUGGGACUCAGCAGCCGCUACCACCCUUACUCCAAGAGCCCCUUGCCCACCCCAGGAGCCCCCGUCCCGGUCCCGGCCGCCACUGGACCCUAUUACUCCCCUUACGCACUCUAUGGGCAAAGACUGACGACAGCUUCCGCGCUGGGAUACCAGUGAGUUUUUUUCCCCCGGUGUGUGUGUGUGGGAGGGGGGGGUCGCCGCCUGAGGCUGGGGUUUUGUUUUUGGUGAUCCUUUGGGGGGGCGUCGGGGGGUGGGGUGGGUGGAUUUGAAAGCGAGGGAGGAGGAAGGAAAAGACCGCCCAGCGUCCCUUGGAAAGUUUCUUAAGGAUGGAUGACCAGACAAAAAAAAAAAUGGCAAAAUUGGACGUUUUUUAAAUAAAUAUAUAUAUAAAGAUAGUGUUCAUCUUGAGGACUGGAUCCAUGGGCACUGUAUUUAUUUAUGUUAGCUUCAAGCGGGACGAUGAAUCCAUUUAAAAAAAUAAAAAUAAAAAGUGCAUUACCUAAUUUCAGCUCGAUAGGCUUCAAGGAAAACAAAACAAACAAAAAAACACGCAAACAAAAACGAAGUGGAAACACCCGUUGUAGAAUAUAAAUCAAUAAAAAGAAAACGAGAACUAGAAGUCUUCUCUUUAAUGUUACUUUAAAAUUGCUAUGAUUGUACUGUAUUGUACGUUCUUAUUUAACGGUGGGUCGGUGGGUGGGGCAAAUCCCCCCCUCCUCAAUGCAUGUCUCUUUUUCCAAGAACAACGCGGCUCUUAACUUGCAAUUUGUCUAUUCCAGUCUUCAAAUUGCAGCGAUUUUUCAAAAGUGUAUCCAGUGGCAAAGAGAGCGAGAGAAAUUGGUAUUUUUUUUUUGUAUGUAUCCUGGCAGGAAGGAAACCCAACCACCAACCACUCUUUUCCCAAAAACCUCCGUUUGCCUUAUUUGUAUUCUUUCAAAAAAGAAACACUUGACUAUUUUUUAAUUUUUAAGGUCCACCCCGUAGCUAGGGACAGGAACAAGGGGGUGACGUCAUGUAUUUAAAAAUAAUAAGACAAUGUAUCGCUUUAAAAGAUUAAAAUUCUGUAUAUUUGAUGUAUUAAAAAAAACAACAAAGGUUUUACUUUUCUUUUGAAAUAA